AUGUCACAUUUCAAAUUUCAAAUAUUGGUGUCCCACCGGUUGUCACCGGUAACAUCUGAUCGAGUUGCUUUAAUUUACCAUUUGUUUGGCCGCCUGGCCUCCGUGGUUGCCAAGUACCUGUUGCAGGGCGGCAAGGUGGCAGUAGUCCGCUGCGAGGAACUGAACCUUUCUUUUCACUUCUAUAGAAACAAAAUUAAGUUUUUGGCCUAUUUGCGCAAACGCUGCAACGUGAACCCGGCUCGUGUCCCCUUCCACUUGUGUGCCCCGUCCAUGAUCUUUUACAAGGCUGUGCGUGGCAUGAUCCCGCACAAGACCAAGCGUAGCCAGGCUGCCCUCGCUCUGCAUGUCUUCGAUGGUAUUCCAUCGCCCUAUGACAGGCGCCUUCGUGUUGUUGUCCCUAUUGCAAUGCCUGAUCGAGUUGCUUUAAUUUACCAUUUGUUUGGCCGCCUGGCCUCCGUGGUUGCCAAGUACCUGUUGCAGGGCGGCAAGGUGGCAGUAGUCCGCUGCGAGGAACUGAACCUUUCUUUUCACUUCUAUAGAAACAAAAUUAAGUUUUUGGCCUAUUUGCGCAAACGCUGCAACGUGAACCCGGCUCGUGUCCCCUUCCACUUGUGUGCCCCGUCCAUGAUCUUUUACAAGGCUGUGCGUGGCAUGAUCCCGCACAAGACCAAGCGUAGCCAGGCUGCCCUCGCUCUGCAUGUCUUCGAUGGUAUUCCAUCGCCCUAUGACAGGCGCCUUCGUGUUGUUGUCCCUAUUGCAAUGCCAUCGCAAUUGCGAUAG